UACUGUGAAUACUACUGCCAGCGCCGCAGCCGAUACUACAAAUACUGUGAAUACUACUGCCAGCGCUGCAGCUGAUACUACAAAUACUAUGAAUACUACUGCCAGCACUGCAGCCGAUACUACAAAUACUAUGAAUACUACUGCCAGCGCCGCAGCUGAUACUACAAAUACUGUGAAUACUACUGUCAGCACUGCAGCCGAUACUACAAAUACUAUGAAUACUACUGCCAGCGCCGCAGCUGAUACUACAAAUACUGUGAAUACUACUGCCAGCACUGCAGCCGAUACUACAAAUACUAUGAAUACUACUGCCAGUGCCGCAGCUGAUACUACAAAUACUGUGAAUACUACUGUCAGCACUGCAGCCGAUACUACAAAUACUAUGAAUACUACUGCCAGCGCCGCAGCUGAUACUACAAAUACUGUGAAUACUACUGCCAGCACUGCAGCUGAUAUUACAAAUACUGUGAAUACUACUGCCAGCACUGCAACUGUGAAUACUACUGCCAGCACUGCAGCUGAUAUUACAAAUACUGUGAAUACUACUGCCAGCACUGCAGCUGAUAUUACAAAUACUGUGAAUACUACUGCCAGCACUGCAGCCGAUACUACAAAUACUGUGAAUACUACUGCCAGCACUGCAGCUGAUAUUACAAAUACUGUGAAUACUACUGCCAGCACUGCAACUGUGAAUACUACUGCCAGCACUGCAACUGAUACUACAAAUACUGUGAAUACUACUGCCAGCACUGCAGCUGAUAUUACAAAUACUGUGAAUACUACUGCCAGCACUGCAACUGUGAAUACUACUGCCAGCACUGCAGCCGAUACUACAAAUACUGUGAAUACUACUGCCAGCACUGCAACUGAUAUUACAAAUACUGUGAAUACUACUGCCAGCACUGCAACUGUGAAUACUACUGCCAGCACUGCAACUGAUAUUACAAAUACUGUGAAUACUACUGCCAGCACUGCAGCCGAUACUACAAAUACUGUGAAUACUACUGCCAGCACUGCAACUGAUAUUACAAAUACUGUGAAUACUACUGCCAGCACUGCAACUGUGAAUACUACUGCCAGCACUGCAACUGAUACUACAAAUACUGUGAAUACUACUGCCAGCGCCGCAGCCGAUACUACAAAUACUGUGAAUACUACUGCCAGCACUGCAGCCGAUACUACAAAUACUGUGAAUACUACUGCCAGCGCCGCAGCCGAUACUACAAAUACUGUGAAUACUACUGCCAGCACUGCAGCCGAUACUACAAAUACUGUGAAUACUACUGCCAGCACUGCAGCCGAUACUACAAAUACUGUGAAUACUACUGCCAGCACUGCAGCCGAUACUACAAAUACUGUGAAUACUACUGCCAGCGCUGAUACUACAAAUACUGUGAAUACUACUGCCAGCGCUGCAGCCGAUACUACAAAUACUGUGAAUACUACUGCCAGCGCUGAUACUACAAAUACUGUGAAUACUACUGCCAGCACUGCAGCCGAUACUACAAAUACUGUGAAUACUACUGCCAGCGCUGAUACUACAAAUACUGUGAAUACUACUGCCAGCACUGCAGCCGAUACUACAAAUACUGUGAAUACUACUGCCAGCGCUGAUACUACAAAUACUGUGAAUACUACUGCCAGCACUGCAGCUGAUAUUACAAAUACUGUGAAUACUACUGCCAGCACUGCAGCCGAUAUUACAAAUACUGUGAAUACUACUGCCAGCACUGCAGCUGAUAUUACAAAUACUGUGAAUACUGUGAAUACUACUGCCAGCACUGCAGCUGAUAUUACAAAUACUGUGAAUACUACUGCCAGCACUGCAACUGAUACUACAAAUACUGUGAAUACUACUGCCAGCACUGCAGCUGAUAUUACAAAUACUGUGAAUACUACUGCCAGCACUGCAACUGUGAAUACUACUGCCAGCACUGCAACUGAUACUACAAAUACUGUGAAUACUACUGCCAGCGCCGCAGCCGAUACUACAAAUACUGUGAAUACUACUGCCAGCACUGCAGCCGAUACUACAAAUACUGUGAAUACUACUGCCAGCGCUGAUACUACAAAUACUGUGAAUACUACUGCCAGCGCUGCAGCCGAUACUACAAAUACUGUGAAUACUGCUGCCAGCACUACUGUUGUGUUUUCAUACUGGGCGACCCCAGCCUUCAAACCACCAUCAUCAUCGUCAGCCACACCUCCCUCCAGUGGACCAAUAGAAAGCACGUUUGAUGUCAUCAGAGGAAUCAUUAACGAAGAUGUUGUCAAGUCAACGCAGGGCGUUUAUCAGUUUGACCUGUCAGGAGAUCACUCGGGCGUUUGGUUCCUGGACUUGAAGAGCGGCCCCGGCAGCGCUGGUCAGGGCCAGCCACCCGUCAAAGCUGACGUCAUCAUGACGAUGGACUCCAGUGACUUCACUAAGAUGUUUGCAGGGAAGCUGAAGCCCACGCUGGCCUUCAUGGCGGGGAAACUGCGGAUCAAAGGUGACAUGACGCUUGCCAUGAAACUGGAGAAACUCAUGAGCCGCAUGAACAAGGCCAAACUGUGAGACUGAAGCCCCGCCCCGCCCCGUCAAGCCCCGCCCCGGCCGCUGUCAGGCCCCGCCUCCUGUUUGAAGCUGUACAUGUUGCCUUACUAAGGAAAGAAUAGUAAUAUGUGUUAAUAAAAUCCACCUUGAUAAUAAAGUGA